UCAAUGAUUCUUCAGUUCCUUCAAUGAGGAUCAUGUGUCAUUUUACUUUCCGCACAUAUCCCGCAUGCGUCUUGCUUAUCCUCAAUAAGCACCUGUCUUGGUUUAACGCUUGCGCGCGUCCCAAUUUGGCUUCUGAAAUUAUAGUAAGAUAAUAGUUUUGAACCGCCUGGAAACAAUGAUAUAAUUCUUCAAAACGUUUCAUUUAGCAUUUACAAAAGAUUGUGUUUGUCUUAGAGACUGCGAAACAUAUGAUUAGGCUGCAGGAGGAUAUGUGUGGACGCUUUCUGACCUCUGCCGCAUCUCGUCCGCUUUUCUUCUGCAUUCUGUUGCUGAGAGGAUAGCUGUGUCCCGCGGAGGAUGCCGAACAGGCUGAAGAAGCAGUCCUGAAGAUUGAUGGAGGGCCAUGCUAUUCAAACAGCAGGCGUUGCUAAGACAGAAGCUCUUCGUGCUGGGAAGCCUUGCUAUCGGGAGUCUCCUGUAUCUGGUGGCCCGGGUUGGGAGCUUGGAUAGGCUCCAGCCUAUUUGCCCCGUUGAGAGCAGACUGACCCCUCCGAGCGUGCCGGAGCAGAUUCCUCUCCGGACCCUGCAGUACAAGCGAGGCCUGCUCCACGAGUUCCGCAAGGGCAAUGCCACCAAGGAGCAGAUCCGCCUGCACAACCUGGUUCAGCAGCUGCCCCGGGCCAUCAUCAUCGGGGUCCGUAAGGGAGGCACACGGGCCCUGCUGGAGAUGCUUAACCUGCACCCAGCGGUGGUCAAGGCCUCGCAGGAGAUCCACUUCUUUGACAAUGACCAGAAUUACGCCCGGGGAAUCGACUGGUACCGGGAGAAAAUGCCCUUCUCCUUCCCCCAUCAGAUCACCAUCGAGAAGAGCCCUGCCUAUUUCAUCACGGACGAGGUGCCCGAGCGCAUCUUCAAGAUGAACUCCUCCAUCAAGCUGUUGAUCAUCGUGCGGGAACCCACCACCAGGGCCGUGUCUGACUACACACAGGUGCUGGAGGGGAAGGAGCGCAAAAACAAGACCUACCACAAGUUUGAGAAGCUGGCCAUUGACGCCAACACUUGUGAGGUGAACACCAAGUACAAGGCUGUACGGACCAGCAUUUAUACCAAGCACCUGGAGCGGUGGUUGAAAUAUUUCCCAGUGGAGCAGUUCCACAUUGUGGACGGGGACCGGCUCAUCACUAACCCGCUGCCAGAGCUGCAGCUGGUGGAGCGUUUCCUCAACCUCCCCUCCAGGAUCAGCCAGUAUAACCUGUACUUCAAUGCCACCAGGGGGUUUUACUGCCUGAGAUUUAACAUUGUCUUCAACAAAUGCCUGGCUGGCAGCAAGGGGCGCAUUCACCCCGAGGUGGACCCUUCAGUGGUGAAUAAACUGAGGAAGUUCUUUCAUCCUUUCAAUCAGAAGUUUUACCAGAUCACUGGCAGGACAUUUAACUGGCCCUGAUUAACUUUAAACCUGUCAAUUGACAGUUCUUCAGUUGGCAGUGUUUUUAACACAGUUAAAAGGAUAUUAAAAGCACUUUGAUUGAAUUUAAUACGAGAACGAAAAUGUGACCAAAUACAUAGUCUCUGUUGGUUGGAAAAACUAAAAUAGUUUGGAGGUUGUGUUGUUGUAAAAUGAUUCAGUUUAAAGCACCUGAUGUUCUUGCAUAUACCUCACACAUGACCCUAUCCCAAAUAACACAAAAUACUCUGAGACUGGGGACGAUAUUAAGUUGCCAUAUUGCUUUUUAAGUGACUCUGCAAACACACGUUUCAUUCAUGUGCCCUACACAUGGUGUAAAACCAUUUCAUUAAAAAAAACACAUGGCUGAAUUCAUUACAAAUUCAUUAAAACACAGAAUAAUAAAUUAUUUUUUUGUUUUAAUGAAGUGUGACUUUAGAAUGAAAAUUCCUAUGUCAUAUUGGUUUAAAUUGGUUUAGUUGAUUACAAUUAUUUUAUGUUAUUUAUUCUAAAUUAUUAUUUUACUUGAGACUUGAGUUUAUAUAUUUGAUUUCGUUUUUCCAUUAACAUUGCCAUAACAUGCACUCUAUUUUUGACAGAUACACUUCUAUGUAUUUUAUCUAACAUGAAGUACAUGUAUCUAAAAUUUCACAUAUAUUCCAAGGUCAUAAAUAAAAAAUAAAAUGGUCAUAAAUGCAAAAAAAUAAAAAGACCUUGACUGAAAUAAUGUCUUCAAGUGCAUACAAUUCAUUAUGUAAAGGAUGCGUGUUGUGACAUAUUUUACAUUGGUUCAUCAGUAACCUUAGUAAAAA